AUGUCCCUCAAUCUUUUAUCCCACGCCAAAUCAAAAUUCAAAUCCUUCCUAAAUUUGUGGACAACUCCUAUCAUCAAGGAUGAGAGCAAGUUUUUGGUGGCGCAGCGUGGACCAUUAAGGGAAGUGGACGAGGAAUGGUCACAUUACUCGAUAAUUUCGACCAGGGAUAAAUUUCCUAAACUCGAAAAUCAUUUGAAAUAUCCGAUCGCCAAAGACGAUCACUAUCCCUCAUCUAUUUGCAAUGGUUUGUUGCUGCUUUUGUUACCAGGAUCACGUGUUUUCUGUACAGGGAAAAUGACAAAGCCUCCAGGGGAGGCUUUGUGGAACCCGACAACAGGGGAAUUCAAAAUCCUUCCUCUUCCACCCUCAAACUUCGACCCCAGGUUUGUGAAGAUGUUCUACGAUUAUUUUGGUUUUGGGUUUGAUUCGGCUUCUGAGGAUUACAAGGACACGUGGUCAAGAGCAGUAGAGGAAAUGCGUAGAUUGGAAAUUUGGGUUUGGGAUGGCUCGUGGUCCCUGGUGUCCACGCUCACCGUCCCUCUUUCUGUGGGUGGUUUAUAUAGCCUCGUUGGGACUGAUAAAUUAAUUUUUUUGGACAUUAAAGAUAAAUUGAUGCUUUUUGAUUGUGCGACGAGAAAGUUGGAGAAGAUACGAGAUCUGCCUACUUGUACGGAGGCGGAUUGUAUGGAGGCUCACGUUUUUCCUUUCGUCGAGAGCUAUGUUUCGCUCGAUGGUUGA